AUGGCCUCCUCCAGCCUGGCGCCGGAGAUCUCCAGUCUCGUUCCUCUGAUCAAGACGCUGACCAACCAGCAUCUCAGAGACUUGUGCCGGAGUGAGGGCCUAGCAGUGUCGGGGGUGAAGGCUACAUUACAGCUGCGUCUCAUUGACUUUCUCGAACGGUGCUACAAUGAAGACGGUUUCUCGGUCCGUCUCGAUGCCUUGCGAAGACGCAUUCACACUAUCGUCAGGCCCUCUGCAAGCUACUACCAGUACCACCCUCCCCCAACACCUCAACCGACGUCGGCGCAGUCCCAAAUGAGCAUUCCCAUGCAACCCCAGCCCUACAACCCGGGUCGCUUGCUCUUCAAGGAAAGCCCCUUCUACACAAUCCUAGAACCACUCACACAGGUGGUAGAAUGCAAAAUUCGCGAACAGACGCGGGACAGCGCCGAGCUCAAAGUGACCCUGUCUCAAGGCACCGCGUCCAGGCUGCAGAUGGAUCCCAAUCUUCGGGUCAUGGUGUUCUGUGCGGCGGACUCAGGCCUCAAAACGUACACCAAGUCCGAAAUUGCAUUCCCGCAUCAGGUUGAGCUCAAAGCAAACCUCGAUGAAGUCAAAGCCAACCUCCGGGGGCUGAAGAACAAGCCCGGGACCACUCAGCCAGCUGAUGUCACCAAUUACAUUCGCAAGAAGCCUGCUUACCCGAAUAACAUCGUUAUGACUUAUGCGUUGACACAAAAGAAAUUUUUCGUUCUCGCAAAUUUGGUAAAACAACAUCCCGUUGAAGACCUAGUGGCCCAAUUGAAGUCACGGAAGAUCAUCUCAAAGGAACAGGUCAUUCGUGAAAUGAAAAACCGCGCCGAGGACGCUGAUAUUGUCACAACAUCAACCGUCAUGUCCCUGAAAUGCCCACUGUCGACUCUUCGAAUUCAAGUCCCCUGCCGUUCCGUUGUUUGCACACAUAAUCAAUGCUUCGAUGCAACAUCGUUUCUGGAACUACAGAAACAGGCACCGACCUGGACCUGCCCAGUCUGUUCCAAGUCAACCAGUUUUGAGUCUUUACAGAUGGAUCAGUACGUGGAUGACAUUCUGCGAUCGACCUCGACAGAUACGGAACAAGUGGUCGUAGAGCCAGACGGCGUUUGGUCUGCUCCUGACGACACCGGCCCGAUCCAGCUAGGCGACGGAACUUUGGCAUCCGAUGACGACGACCUCAUUGAGGUCACCGAACCGGGCAUACCUGUGAAAAAGGAGCCUUCGAUGGGGCCCAACAUCUCGCUGGAGUGGACUCCCGCCCAGUCGCGCGAGGCAUCGACUCCGUCCUCCGCCGCACGCAUGUCCAUGUCGAAUAAGAAACGUCCCGCGGCGGCGGUCAUUGACCUCACGGGUAGUGACGACGAUGAUGAGUCUCCUGUACCACCACCUAAGCGAACCAUGAUGAAUGUCCCGGUUCGAGCUUUGCCCCAGCCGUCUCUGCCGCUCCCGACGAGCAGUCCGCUGAAUGGAAGGCCUUAUCCACCAACGUAUCCACCGUCGGUUUGA